UUUUCAUUCGUGAAUUCUCAUAGUUGGAAGUUUCCAAAAGGAACUUUUUUCUCUUUUUAUCAUCGAAAGCAGUUUGCUUUUUCUUCAAGAAAAUUCUUGAAUAUGGGUCGUCCAAAAUUGAUUUUGAAACCCAUCACAAAUGGGAGAGAUCGUGAUUUGGCUUUGAUGAAGAGAAAGAAGGCAUUAUUGAAGACAAUGUCUGAAUUUUGUAGUGUGUGUGGAGUGAAAGCUUGUUUGAUUAUGUAUGAUGGCAAAGGUGAUUCUCCACCAUUGACUUGGCCCCAAGACCCCAUUGAGAUGCACUCCAUCAUUCAAAGGUAUGAGCGUAUGGUGUAUGAGAAAAUUCCUAAGAACUUUGAUCUCAAUAACUUUUUUGAGACGAGGAAGAACAUGGUUGACAGUGAGAUUGCCAAAGUUCAGAAAGAGAUCCUUGAGACCAAAUAUCCCACUUGGCAUCCAUGCUUCAACAACCUUGGUGCUGAAGAAUUGAAGAAUUUCAUAGCUAGAUUGGACAGUAAGCUUGAAGCAUGUAAUCAACGAACAGUAAUGUUCAAAUGCAAGAAACAAGAUGAAGCCCAAUUCAAUUUCAAGCAAUGCCUGAUUCAACCAGAAUGUGUUGCUCCAAAUCCAACCCAACUGGUUGUCAUGAAGGAUAUUCUCCAAAACCAACUUCCUUUUGCUCCAAUGAACCCACUUAAUGGUAACCUUGCACCAUCUUUCCAACACAAUUCUGAAAAAGGCUCUAGUUCUCAAUCCCAAAAGCUUAACUUUGAUCCAAAUCUCAUGCAAUUGAAGGAAGAGAACAAAGGAGUGGUGGAUACAUCCAAUGCAUGCCAAACUGAUGUGCUUAAAAAUCCUUCAAAUAAAUUUGAUGUGCCUUAUGAUUUUCUUGAUGAGUCCUUUAAUCUUUUUGACCAACUUGGUGAAAUACAAAGCUUGAAUCAACAUUGGGGGAAUAAUCAACAGGAUGCACUUGUGGUUGGAGGAAGUAUCACAACAAUGAAUGGUGGUGUUACCGAUGAUACAAAUUUUCAUGGAAAUCAAUACAAUACAGAGACCUCUCUUUGCAAUUACAAUGGAGUUAUGCAAUCCUAUAACUAUGACGCAUCAUGGCAGGAUAUUGGUUUUCAGCAACAGAAUCUGCAGCAAAUGGUAACUUUACCUUCAUUUCAACCAUCAGUAGAUAAAUUCAAGCAGAUCACCACAACAGAGAGCUUAAAAAUCUGUUAUCCUAACAUAUGACUUAAAUAAUAUUUGUGGUUCUUUUUUACUCUGUCUUUAUAUUAUGUUAAAUACUCAUGGUU